CAUGUUCUAAAACAAGAAGCACCGGCUGAGUCUUGAAUCAACAAGCAGAGUCCUGGUUCUUUUUCAGAUCUUGAAAGGAUCUUCCCGCGUUUAUUCCCCUGUGCAGAAGUGAGGUCAGGUGUCGGGGGAUGCCCAGAACAAGCUGUUAUUGGUCUUUAGAGGAUGAGUUGACCAGUGUGAGUGCUGGUUUGACUGGUUGGUAACUCUCCAACCAGUGAUGAGUGAUGUAAGUGGGUCGGUUGCACAAAGGGAGCACUAACAUUCAUUUUGCCCAUGUUGCAAAAAUAUUUUUAUCACAUGCAUCGUCAACAUCAACACUGGCGCUUCACCUAUAGUUUCCACUGGUACUGUAGAAAAAUAAAUGUAUGGAAAAAUGUGUUUGUCUUUGUUUGUAGUUUCAGUUUGGAAAUAAUUCUGUUCAUAGCCAGAAAUACAGACUUUAUAAUAGAGAUGUACGAAAAAACAAAACUGCUGAAUCAGCAAUACAAUGGAUGACAGGCCAACUCGAAACUCGCUAGGCAGCUGUUUGUCCAUCCGUGCUACCUGGUCAAGCAGCUAUGAACUCAUCAUAGCUAGAUGUUUACUCACGCUAACAGAAACAGAUCUGACACUUUUACUUACAGAACCACGUUUUCAGUUUAAUCAGAAACAAAAGAAAAAUGCAUUCUUUUGAUCAACUUUGAGAUAAAGAAGUGAAAAAAACAGAAUGGGUGUGUGUCUAGAGGAUUUUUCUGCCACGUUCUAGUGUGUUUUGUGACAGUCGGGAUAAAUACUAAAGCAUCUGUGGUAGAUGGAAUCCUGACUGACCCAAGGUCAGAGAACUACCAUUAUAUGUGACCGAUGAGCUAUUGUUCUGUUUCUGCCAAAAUGCAAUGCAAAAUAAACAACAGUGAAAAGGUUAAUGAAAUUAACAUGAAAUACUGUGAGAUUUAAAAGUUUGGCUUGUUUUAAUACUCUCCAACUAGCUGUUAGCUCAUCAAUCCUGUAGGACAUUUUAUUUCCCUCAACAGAGACUUUUCAGAAAGCUACCUACGAUGAGAAAAACACGGAAAAAUGCAAUUAAACGACAGAAAAUGUCAUUAAAUUAAUGUAUUUUGUUUAUUUUCAAAUACAUCAGUCAUAUUAGCUCCAUUAGUUAACCCUCUGGAGGCAGGUGUUGCAGAUUAGCAUCGUUAAAACCUACCUACCUGGUUACUCAACACAGGUAUUUUAUGAGCAUUUUUGUAACUCAGAAGUACUCCUGAAGGACUUAGUUGUUUGUAUUUGAUCACAACUUAUUUUGAGCCUGAGACGGUUAAUCAGCUAACAAUUUUUCUUUGAAUCUCACUGCUGCGGAGCUUUGCCAAUGUCUAAUUUGUCAUAUGUUUCUUCACAAUUGAAUCAUCAUUAUUGGCGUGUUUAUUAUGGAUCUAAUCUUUGUCUAGACGUGAGAACUUUCAUUUUUAAUGCAGCCACAAACACACGUUUUCAUGUGUUUCCCUUUGGGUUCCCGAUUGUUGGUGCCUGAAUCUGCUGUGUGGUCGCUGAAGAGGUGCUUUUCAUGGGGGUUAAAUACCUUACUGGCUGGAAUGGUCCCACAUUGAUUUGAUGAGGGGGAAAACUGUAAGACUGUACAUUAGAAUCUCUCCAUAACUCAUACAUUAUUAAUCCGAUGCUUCUCCUUGUAGCUGUUGGAUUGCUUCCUUGAUGGCUUUUCCAUUUCGCUCCAGCAAGUGCUUCUCUCAGACAGGCUCAUGAUGUCACUGCGACUCAUCCUGAGGUUAAUCAGAACCUUCAUCCCGCUGCAUUAUUACAUUUACUAUCUAUUUUAUUAGAUUUUCACACACUGUGGAGGUUUACAAACGGCCCCCUACCCCCCACCAUCUGAAGAUGUAAUCCUCUCACGCGCAAUCCCGCCUCUUCAGUCAUUCCCUUAAGCCCCCUCCCUUUGUUUUCCUGCUCUCUCUCACUGUCCUCUCCCGUCGACUCACUCCACCUUACGCCUGAUGGAGCAGCAAGCACGAACGCUGAGGGCAGCUGUAGACUCUGACCAAGCAUUGCUCCUUUUUUCCUCUCCCGCUUCAAACACUUCUCCUACUCCUUCCAGAAGAUCAGGAAUUACUGGCUCCAGCUGAGCACUCUCUUUUGUUUGCGUGUGGGAGUGGGGUCAACACACGCAUUGUUCCCAGCAGUCUUCUGCUGAGCUGCACUUGCUCCACUUUGGAUACCAAGGUCUCCAGGAUGACCUCUCCAACGUGAGCGCAGCCCCUUUUCCUCCCAUCACAUUCAUCCAGCGGGGAUCGAAUGGACGUUUACUGGAUUUGGAUGUUUGAAAGGAAACAGAUUCCUCGCUGAGACCGUGGAGAAAGAUGGUGCCCCUGCAGAAAAGGGAUCAGUUUGACAACUUGGAGAAGCACACACAGUGGGGGAUUGAAUUUGCAGAAAAGUACACCAAAUUUGUCAAGGAGCGAUCGGAGAUCGAAAUCAACUAUGCAAAACAAAUUAGGAAUCUGUCAAAGAAAUAUCAGCCCAAGAAGAAUUCACGGGAAGAAGAAGAAAGCAAAUACACCUUCUGUCGAGCCUUCCUGGUGACCCUUAACGAGUUAAACGACUACGCAGGUCAGCACGAGGUCAUAGCGGAGAACCUGACGUCUCAGAUCAUCACUGAGCUAGCGCGCUACCUGCAGGAGCUCAAAACUGAGAGAAAAUCGCAUUUCCACGAUGGGCGAAAGGCGCAGCAGCAGAUCGAAAGCUCGUGGAAGCAGCUGGAAUCAUGCAAAAGGCGGUUUGAGCGGGACUGUAAAGAGGCCGACCGAGCGCAGCAGUACUUUGAGAAGAUGGACGCUGACAUUAACGUGACUAAGGCUGACGUGGAAAAGCGAAGUUCCCAUAAGGCACGACAACAGGCUCAGAUGAGGCACCAGAUGGCUUCUGACAGUAAGAGCGAUUACUCCGCCUACCUGCAAAAGUUCAACCAGGAGCAGAAUGAGCAUUACUACACCGUUAUUCCCAACAUAUUUCAGAAACUUCAGGACAUGGAGGAGAAAAGGAUUGAGAGACUAGGAGUGUGCAUGAAGACUUUUGCAGAUGUGGACCGCCAAGUGCUGCCCAUAGUGGGGAAGUGUUUAGACGGCAUGACCAAAGCCGCUGAGUCCAUCGAGCCCAAGACUGACUCGAACCAGGUGGUGGAGUCAUAUAAGUCUGGCUUCGAGGCCCCAGGCGAUGUGGAGUUCGAGGACUACGGUCAGGCCAUGAAGAGGACGGUGUCCGAGACCAGCCUGUCCAACUCCAGAGAGGGCAAAGACAAGUCCACUAGCAAGAGCAAGGGCAAACUGUGGCCUUUCAUUAAGAACAAGAACAAGCUUAUGUCCUUGUUAACAUCCCCCCAUCAGCCCCCACCUGCCCCCCCAGCCUCAUCCCCACCCUCACCCUCUGCUGUUCCCAACGACCCCCAGUCUCCCAAGCAGCACAAGGAGCCCCUCUCCCACCGCCUCAACGACUUCAUGACCUCCAAACCCAAAAUGCUCCGGACCCUGAGGCGAGGGCAGCAAUCGCCGCGCUCGCUCAUUUAUCACAGAGAGCUCAUGAAGAGGACUCUGGGUCAGCCCACAUAUGCUUUCGAAGCACGGCAAUAUGUUCUUUCUCUCAAGCUGAUCACACUCAAUUCCCACAUCCGGAGUCUCUUUGAGGGAUCUGGCCCGGAGGAUUUCAGUCAUCUGCCACCAGAGCAGAGGAGGAAGAAGCUGCAGGGAAAGAUCGAUGAGCUGAAUAAAGACAUUCAGAAAGAGAUGGAUCAGAGAGACGCGCUGACGAAGAUGAAGGACGUGUACAUAAAGAACCCUCAGAUGGGAGACCCGACCAGCGUGGACCCCCGGUUGACAGAAAUAGGCCAAACCAUUGAGAAGCUCCAGUCUGAAGUGCAGAAGUUUGAGGGCUGGUUAGCAGAAGUGGAGGAGAGGAUGCCAUCUAAGAGCGACACGCACCGGAGAAGCGGACUGUAUGAAACCCAGAACAACACGGCCGUGAGCAACAACUGUGCACAGAACAGAGAGAGCCCAGAUGGCAGUUACACAGAGGAGCAGACUUCAGAAACUCAGGUCAAGGCCACCAUCAACCCUCCCACCACCUCCACGCCAGAUAUCGACGACGAGUUUGACGAUGAGGAGACCCUGCCCACCAUCGGCACCUGCAAAGCCUUGUACCCCUUUGAAGGUCACAACGAAGGCACCAUUGCUGUAGCCGAGGGCGAGCUGCUUUUCGUCAUUGAAGAAGACAAAGGUGACGGCUGGACAAGAGUUCGGAGGAGUGAGGAUGAUGAGGGAUAUGUCCCCACAUCCUACAUUGAGGUCAUUUUGGAGACAAACGCCAAAGGUGCUAUGACAUACAUUUAACUCAGCUAGCCCAUGCUACGACAGGGUUUUGGGUUCUCAUUGUUGUCUCUGUUAGCCACCACGUCUCCAUUCACGUGCUAAAUGAGCAGGAAAGAGAUAAGAGAUUGAGUGCGUUUACAUGCAGCCAGUAACCCUUUUAAAACCCAAAUAUUCACAAUAACCCGGUUCCGCAGGUCCAUGUAAACACUGCCAAAAACCCGGUUACUACACCUGGGGUAACUCUUUUCUAACCCGAAUGUUUGGUCGUGUAAACGCAUACCGGGAUAUCCCCAUCAAACCGUGUGUUCUGUGCAUGCUCUGUUCACAAGGAAUCUUGGUCUUUUGAGUAGCGAGACGUCUUGUAUGCACCAGAACACCGGAAGUAAACAACGAAUUGGGAGCACCACACUUUUGGAGUGACGAGGAAACUAAAGCGCAAACAAACGCGGUCGCUAUCUCUUCCGAACUGGGAAACAUGUUGUUGUUUUCACGGAUACCGGAACAAGAAGAACCGGAAAUGACGCAUAUUGCGUCUGGACGUAGUCCAUACGUCCUGACGCUACCCCAACGUCCGCAUUUAAAUCGGGUUAUGCAAGUUAGGGGUAACUCUUUCUAUUUAUGCUUGUAAACGGGUUAUUCUGAUCAACUCAGAAACCCGAAUACCGACCUUAACCCCAUCAUAACCCGGAUAUUGGCUGCAUGUAAACGUAGUCUGUGUUACACUUCCUGUCUCUGUGGAGGAAAGGACCAAUCAGAUUUGUCCUCUGUGCCUCGUGACGGUUGGAGCAGCAGCCAUCCUGCGGCUCUGAGGGAAGCCUUUCAUUGUGUCUGAGAUAUCGGAAGCUGAAGAGAAGGAACUUCUAGCUGCAGUGACCUAGUGGUCAAACAAAGUAUUGAUCACCUGUGCAUUUCAAACCGUGGAUCUUAACUUUCUUUGGUAUUUAGAUUAGUAAAGAUUUUUAACACAUACUUGAACGCAGUGUUAACCCUAAAGAGAAGAAACGCAUGCGCAAUGUGCACAAAGCCCACGUAGGUCUGCUGUGAUCAUAGGACAUAUUUUUGUAUGCUAAGACAAUAAAAACGCCCACGUGGAGAGUCGCAUGCUGUCAGUAAUAGAGAAAAUCCAGAUUUUAUAGGAAUAGUAAGCUCCAUUAAAAUGUGUUAAUUUGCACCCUUUAUACUUGAUGAUGAUGAUGAUAGCGUGGGCGUGUUGUGG